AUGCAUAUCAUCGUAAUCGGUUGUGGUCUUGCUGGACUCACGGUAUCGAUAGGGCUGGCAAAAGGAGGACACGAUGUAACCAUCGUCGAGAGCGUCGACAAGUAUAUCGAGAAAUACUGUGUUGAGCCGGUUGACCUGAGGAUGAUGAGAUGGCGAAAUGGCCAAAAGUUGGUCGAGGUCCCCUUGAAAGGGCAUGCACGCGAUGCAUAUGGUGCGCCAUACUGGCAUAUCCACCGGGCAGACCUCCAUCGCGGUCUUCUAGAAGCAGCGACGGAGCUAGGGUGCAGGGUACAUCUAGACAAUCGAGUAACAUCCAUUGAUCCCUCAAAACCAUCACUUGUCACCAAGGGUGGAAGGACAUUCAAAGGGGAUCUAAUCGUUGCGUCUGAUGGGCUUCAUUCAAUGGCCCGCUCAACUGUUCUUGGCCAGCCGGGGCCUCCUGUGCCUACGGGACAGAUGGUUUACCGCGUCACCCUUCCCGCGAAGACUCUGCAAGGGAUUCCGGAGCUGGAGGAUAUAACAACGGUGCCCCGAAAUAACCACUGGCUUGGCCCGAACGGAACGGUGCUUUCAUAUUUGUUGGAAGGUAUUAGCGAUACCUUGAUAAACUUUGUGUUUACUUGUGAUAGCGACGGUUAUAUGCCGGACGGGGUUAACCAGAGGCCUGGCAAGAUGGAAGAUGUGCGCGACCGAUUCCGCGAAUGGGAUCCAAGGAUCUUGAGAAUGCUCGAACACGAAGGCCAGGUUUUGGAAUGGAGACUCUUCACCCACGAAGAAUUGCCCAACUGGGUCCACGACUCAGGCAAAUUGUGCCUUAUUGGUGAUGCCGCGCAUGCGAUGACGCCGUAUCUCGCCCAAGGAGCCGCAAUGGGGAUCGAAGAUUCCGCGAUUCUGGCUGGCCUGCUCGUAAAAUAUCCUUCUGUCGACACACUACACGAGACCCUCCUUCUGUACGAGAAGGCGCGAUUGAAGCGAACGGCUAAGGUAGCAAAUGCAUCUAUCGACUCGAGAAAUUUUACUCAGAUGCCAGACGGUCCCAAACAGCAGGAACGGGACGAGUAUUUGCUGGCACACCCUGGCAUACAGAGUGGGCACCGCAACAUUCGGUCCCAGACAGAGUUCUUGGACUGGUUAUUUGGAUAUGAUGCCUAUGAAGCGUUACAAGAUAUCCCACCGCUGCAAACGAGUUAG